GGUCUAAUCCAGGAUAUUCCCGGUCUCAACCUUCAUCUCUAGAAAGCCACACGAUAGAGAAGGGAGAGCUUAGUGAGACAGUCGAAGAGCGGAGCUGCGGAGGAACGUUCAUCGUCACUCAUGUUUCAUGCGACUGUCAGGUCUACUCGUCUAGGUGCUUCCAUUUUGCUGCUGCAAUCUUCAAGGUAGCCUCAUACACUUGAGUCUUGACAUGGGAAACAAACCACCGGAGAAACCUGUGAAGCAACAGGAAGAAAAGGAAGAGAUUGUAGUGAAAGUUGUGCCUCCCCUAGACCGAGCUUAUGUCAGGUGGCUUACUCGAGAUCUCGAGAGGAUUCAUGGCUUUACGCCGAGGAAUCCACGUGCUUUAAAGCCACCAGAUCAUUACAUCGAGUACAUGCGCAUGAAUGGGUGGUUAGAUUUGGACUUAGAUGAUCCUGAUUUGGCACACUUGUUUAAAUAGUAAGUCUACAUUGCAUAUUUUUGUACAAAAAAGAAGCUGAGUGAAUGUUUAGCUGUACUUUAAUCUCCAGCGAGAGCAACUUCAGCCCAUUUCAAUUCAGGACCUGUUAAUUCGAAUGUAGUAAAAAAUGUUUUCUGGAUA